AUGAAGGUUCCGACAACUCUUAUUGGCUUACAGAGCCUCUCACUAGGCCUUUUCCUCGGUCAGGUGGCUAGCACUCCGCUGCCUCCGAAACCUUCAAGAGCAACUGUUACGGACGGCACCGCGACACUCGAUCAAGGAACCGUAAAGGGUUUCACAGACGACUAUGGAAACUCUGUUUUCCUAGGCAUUCCGUUCGCGCAGACAACGGGUGGGGAAAACCGAUGGAAAGCCCCUAAGGACGUCAGCAAGCUCAAGAAGGGCGAGGUGCUUGAUGCGACAAAGUAUGGUGCUACAUGUCCACAGGCCAUCACCGGCACAACAUACUCUCAGCAGGAUGAAGAUUGCUUGAACCUCAACAUCUGGGUGCCCUCUUCAAAUGGUAAGUCGCCACGGGCGCCGACAUUCCCUCAAAAGCCAAAUGGACCUCAUCCUCAUCAUCCACCAGGCCCUCCCGCAGGCCCUGCAGGCGGUCCCCCAGGUCCCCCGGGUCCACCAGCUUCUCCACCAGGCUUGGAUACACCGGGUCUUCCGAUUUUUGUGUAUAUGUACGGUGGGGCUAUGGUCACUGGAUCAAGUAGCAAUCCUCAACUGGUUGGUGAGAACUUUGCUCGCAAAGGCGUCAUCUUUGUUAGCUUCAACACUCGUGAGAGUCUUUGGGCCUACCCGAACUCCGCCGAGCUUGCAAACGGCGAAGAGUCGCAGAACUUUGGCAUUCUCGAUGUCGACAAGGCUUUGCAGUGGGUGCAUGACAACAUUGCUCAGUUCGGCGGCAACCCUGAGCACAUCGUCUUUGGAGGUCACUCUUCCGGAUCGGUUCAAGUAGAUCAUUAUCUCUGGAAUCACCCCGACACAUUCCUUAAGGGUGCCGUUCAGAUGGCCGCGAACGCAAAGUCUGGUCCGGCCGUAGGUCCCACCAAUGAGGCGCUUGAUCUCGUUGCCAAGGAGGUUGGCUGCCAGACUGGUGAAGGCCAGCUCGAGUGCCUGCGUAAAGUCGACAUGUACGCCUUCCAAACUGAGGCCUUCAAUGCCACUUUGAACACGUACUUCACACCUGUCGUGGACGAGAAGACGCGCUAUCAAGACUACGCCUCACGUUUCGCUGCUGGCAACUAUGCCUCGCACGUUCCCCUGCUCACGGGUAACUCUGACAAAGAAGGCGCUCUGUUUGGAUUGGUUUAUGGCGGCGAGAACACCGUCUUCUCGGAGUGGCUCAACACUUUUGACGCUGAUGUAGCGGAAAUUCCAAAGGACCUUAUCGAAGCCGCGUACGACAUCGCUGAUUACUCCACUGUCUCCGAAAUGAGCGGUGCGCAGUAUGGUGACGCACGCUUCUUCUGCCCGGUCGACCACUUCAUCGAUGUGCGCAGUGAGGUUCAGGACACUUGGUCAUACCGCUUCUUCGGCAACUACUCCAACCUUCUACCCUUGCCUGUGGCUUACCCAACGCACGGCGCUGAGAUCUCAUUCUUCUUCGGAGGUAAUGGUGCUUUUGCUGGUAUGGAGGGCGUGACUGCCGAACAGCAGGCACUUGCCGAUUUCCAGAACGAUUGGUUCGUCGAAUUCAUCAAGAACCCCGCCGCGGGUCCUGGCUGGGACAAGGCCACCCCUCGCAGCGGACCGAUUGCGAAGCUCGGUGUGCCUGGCAACGAGCUUGCUGUAGAGAUUGGUAACACGGCGGAUUUCAACGCCAGGUGCCAAAGUGUUUACAACCCAUUCCUUCCAAAGUAUCCAGUCAUCCAAAGCGUACUUUCCGGCGUAAUGGACAUGGUAGAGGGUGUCAUCGGAAACUAG